AUGAGCAUUUUGAACCAAACAACUAAGCAUUUUGAACCAGUAGCAAUUUAUGGCAAGCAUGAGCAUGAGCAAGCAUUUUUAUUGAUGGAGGCCAAGCAGAGCAAUCUGUGUGUUUCUGCGGAUGUUGGCACGGCUAAGGAGCUACUUGAGCUUGCUGACAAGGUUGGUCAUGAGAUUUGCAUGCUGAAAACGCAUGUCGAUAUCCUGUCGGAUUUUACCCCUGAUUUUGGCACCAAGCUUCGCUCGAUUGCUGAGAAGCACAACUUUUUGAUCUUUGAAGACCGCAAGUUUGCUGAUAUUGGAAACACAGUAACUAUGCAGUAUGAAGGGGGAAUAUUCCGCAUAUUAGAAUGGGCUGAUAUUGUUAACGCACAUAUAAUUCCUGGACCUGGAAUUGUUGAUGGUUUGAAGCUCAAGGGUUUACCAAAAGGAAGAACUAAAGCAAGAAUCGGAGGCCGACGCCACCCCGCCGACGCUGCUCCGCGGACACCCGCACGCCGUCGCCACGCUCGCGCCAACGCUGCUGCGCAUGCCCACGAAACGCUGCUGGCCACCCUGGGCGGGAACGCGAGCCCGACCAAGGACGACAUGCGCGCCAUCCUCGGCUCCGUGGGCGCCGAGGUGGACGAGGCCAAGCUCGAGAUGCUCUUCAGGGAGGUGGACGGCAAGGACAUCGCCGCCCUCAUCGCUGCCGGCAGGGAGAAGCUCGCCUUCGCGUCCCGCGGCGCCGCCGCCGCCGCAGCCAUGGGCGCGUCCCCCGCCGCCGCCGGUGCUGCAUCAACACCGGUUCACCGUAGCUAG